GGGGGCUGGCGGGGACGGCGCAGUACGACCAUCUUCAGCAGGACCACUCCCGGGCAGUCGUCGAGGCCCCAUCCUCAACGUCCGCCAUGGCCUCGGAGCGAAUCCCAGCCGUAAAUGAGGAUGGGCUAUUCAGAGCUUGCCAGCCUGGCUACCUGUGGUGGAGCUGCACCUUCACCUCGCCCACCUACCAGGGAUGCUUGCCAGCAAGUUCCUGUCGGGUGUCCCGUGUCUGCCCAGCAACCUAUGAGCACGGCAAGCACCCCGACCAGCUUCCAGACCAGCUCCGAGGGGGUGCAACACUCACAUCCCGUCACGACGACCAACAAUGCACCACUGGGCUGGGCGUCGUCGUCGCCGUCGUCGUCCACUCUUCCCGAAUCCUUAAGUCGCAGCACUCAAACAACACCAGCGUCGAGCACUAUCCCAGCAGUGGUCCCAGCUUCUUCCGCUGCUGUCACCAACCGCAGCGACUCCACAUUAUCUGUGGGCGAAGUCGUGAGUGUUGCGGUGGGCUGCUGCUGUGGUUUCUUCAUACUUCUUGCCACACUGGUCAGCACAUAGGCACGGACGAGGCGGCGGCGGCGUGCCUCCAAGGGGCUGCAUAGCUCAAGGGCCGCAGAGAACGACACGAAGGGACGACACGACAGCACCCGCGUGUCACCCGAAACUGCUUCACCGCUGCAACGCCAUGGUUGCGUGAUUCACUCAUAUCUCCGAGCUCGACUCUACCGCCGUUGCUCAGCUGGGGGAACUCGAGGGGACGGCGCUUGGUUUGGGCCGGGCAGUUGGUCCAGAGCAGAAUAUGACAUGGUCAGUGGCUAGCUCCGGGGUAGAGCAAAAGCCAAUUCCCGAAUGGCCGCGGGCAACACUUGGCGUAACUA